GUGCAGAACACCGUCUGCAGCUGAUAGAAACUUAAAUGCAGUCGGGCUGAUGUGAGGUGGAGGUUCAGGCUCAGCACCUUCUCUUUUUCAUCCCCCCACCCCCCUCUCUCUCGGCGCUCUCAUCCACUCCCUGAGCCCAGAUCUCUCCCUUUCGCGCGUUCUUCCCGAACACCUACCUAUUUCUUCUAGCUUUCCUUUUUUUGGUUACAUUGUUCAUCUACAUCAUAGCAGUUUCGGACUGUAACUGGAGGAGUCCCUUUUUCCCCCCUGUCAACUUUUUAUUGCUCCGAGGACAACUUUUCUCUCGCUAUAGUUCUGCGCGCUGCUUCCUCAUCUCACAAAUCUUGAUCACCCCCCACCCCACUCUCCUCCCUGCGGGCGGUAUUCACUCACAUUGCCAGUCAUAGAUCAUGUCAGUGUGACUCUUCACCAAUGUAGUUUAAUGCAGGAGGAAGGAUGCGAGGUCUGAUCUGUUAAAUUGCCCAGAUUCCCAUCAGUCCUCUGUGCACGUCGACAGGAUUCCCAACAACCCAAGUGGGAGCUGCUGGUCAAGUCAAUGAGGGUGCAUCGGUGAAGUGACGCCUUUGUGCAGUGCGACGGCGGCACUUUUCCCCUCUCGCCUCCUUCUGCCUCCUGGGUCGGAACAAGCGCGGCGGCGAACAACCUCCAGUCCCAGAGACGGUGAUCGGGCUUCGGCCUCAGGUGCAUCUCUGAGGCGGGGCGACGCGGAAGUCCAGGUGUUGUGGAGGCAUGGACUGUAACUGCGUCAGUGAUCUGCUGCUCCCCCCGGUGCCCGCACUCUGGACGCCAGGGUUCGCCUUCCCAGACUGGGCCUACAAGCCUGAGUCGAGCCCCGGGUCCAGACAGAUCCAGCUGUGGCACUUCAUCCUGGAGCUGUUGCAGAAGGAGGAGUAUCAGGGGGUGAUCGCCUGGCAGGGGGACUACGGAGAGUUUGUCAUCAAGGAUCCAGAUGAGGUGGCUCGGCUGUGGGGGAUAAGGAAAUGCAAGCCUCACAUGAACUAUGACAAGCUGAGCAGGGCACUGAGGUAUUACUACAACAAGCGCAUUUUGCACAAAACCAAAGGAAAGCGUUUCACCUACAAGUUUAACUUCAGUAAGGUGGUGUUGGUGAACUACCCCAUCCUGGACAUGGCCAACUCUCCCUUCUUUCUGGCCCAGAACCACUUCAACGGGGGCUCCACCACACCAGACUGCAGCCCAGAGGUACGAAGGGCCAUACAGUCCCUGUUUCCUCGUUUGCCAGACUCUGGCAGGGGAACGUCCCUGUUUGAUCGAGGGACCACGGCACCAGGGCCUGAAGGAGACAAGCUGAGACUGGACGCAUUCCCCUUCCUCAGUUCAGGUGCCCCGUGCUACUCCAAACCCCCAUCCCUGCUGGGCCCGUACCCGCGCAACCCACCCUUUGACUACCCCUGGGGCUUCAACCCCUACCUCCCAGGGGCCUUCUCUCUCAAUAACUGCCCCAAAGUGCCCCCUGGCUCCCUCUACCCCUCCCAGUUCUACCCCAACCCUUUGCAGAGCAGCCUUUCCCAGCUGCCUCACCCCUUUUCCUCCCUGCUGCCCCCAGGGGAGGCAGGCGGGGGUGAGAGGGGAGCAGCGGGGCAAACUGGAGGGACAAAUGGCACGGCGGGUGGCCAGCCAGUCAGACUCUUCCUGCCACCCUACCAGGGGAGCCUCUCAAUGGGUCGGACGGACAUUGGCAACGGGUUGUCAUUGGGGGAAAGGGAGAGGGUGGAGGCCAAUCCUCCUGGCACGGGGUUAAGUCUGGGACUGGGAGCGGUCGCCCUAGGAGCAGGGACUGGGACAGGCCAGCAGAGCCCCUCAGAGAGGAGAGGAGGGGUAAAGCAGGACCCUGAGUCAGACUCAGACCUGGAGAUCACAGAUUUGAGCGACUGCAGCUCGGAGAAUGAAAACGAGCAUGAAUUCAGCAUCGGGAAGGAAACAAGCCUGGCGAACCGAUCACAGAUAGUGUUGGAUGGAAAGAAAGGGAGCGGGCUGCCACCCAUCUCUUCUCUCCCCCCGCCAGUGUCCCCACAUCCUCUGAAGAGCCUGAUGCCCAUCAGUCCCCCACCUCCGUCCCUGCCUCCGUCGCUUUCCCCUUCCAUGGCUCUGCAUGAAAGACACAGGGAGACAGAGACUCUCAAAAUGAUACACAGCUAAUACAUUCUCUCCUGCGUCUAACAUCUUGCCACUCUGUGCUCUGAUAACUCUCUUUUUCUCUCCUUUCUUUUCUCAGAGACACUUUUCUGCUUUAAAUUGUCAACUCCCCAAUCAAUCUUCAUAGAUACUUUUUCCAGGAAAGCCAGUUAUGUUCUUUACUUCUAAAAUUACUGUUUCCCUGUUUGCUGUGUAAGUUUUUAACUUCCCUACAGUCCAUUACACUACUGACUUGUCCGUCUUAGAAUAUAUGGGGCGUACAGUUUUUAUCGGCUGUCUGUAUCACCAUCUUGUCCUUUCUGUUCUGAUCUCUCACACCAAAUGAUCGCUCCGUGGUAUGUACACUUGUUUUAAGCGUUGCCAGCAGUACUCUACAAUUUGCUGUCUGCGGUCGAGCUAUGAUAGAAGGCAGUGAGGUGGUAAAUUACAACACAGGAAUGCCUGCCUUGACAAACAUUAACAAUCAACAUCCCUAUACUAACAGAACAGAACAACAAAUAAUGCUCCGAUCGAUCCAAUUUUACAGAUUUGUCCUGUAAUUCUUGAGAUUUGGACUAUAUAUAGUCACUAUGACUUUUGAGACCUAGUCAAAUACUACCACCUAGUGGUCCUUUAAGUCAGUGUCUCCUUCAAUGACAUCAUCUCUGUAAUCUUGUGAGUAAAAUUGUUGUUCCUAAGUUUAUUUUGCACCUUUAUAUGAUAUUGUUUCUUGCGGGUUUAAUUUAAAUGUUAAAAUCCAUAUUUCUAAUAGUGUUAACUGUGAUAGUCUGUGAAUAUUUAUUUUGUCCUGUGGUUCAAGUAUUUCCUGCACAUUUUCUUAAAGGAAAGAAAAAGAGAGCAGAGGGAGCUAGACCAAUCUAGAAAUUUGUAUGAAUAUUUCUGUGUAUAUAUUUUAUUAUGGUGUACAUUACAUUUAAUUAUUAUUCACUAUGAUAAGAUUUAGCUGUAUUGUUGUGAUUUAAUUCAGUAUUUAAACAUGUUGGAAAAUUAUAAGCUUAGGUGUAUCAAAGUUUAAAUUAUUAAUGGCAGACGAUCUGCACUCUGAAGAUGUUUUUCUAUGAUGAGGACAGAGUUCACACUGGGAAUUGUCUCUGAUUUUCUCAACCCCAAUUAAUUGUGCCCUUUGGUCAUUUUUGCCAGAUGCCCAACGUACAAACCCUUUGGGUUCAAAAAUAUGCCGGUAGACUUAUUUUUAUAGUUAAGCAUUCACCCAGUGUAACUGUACUGUAAUUAGUCUAAUGUGAAUAAUAUUGGUCUUUUCAUUUUCUUUUUUUAAAUCCUCCCCCCAAAAUCUGUUUUGAUUAUUUUUCAAUCAGUGCUUUUUGUCCAUGCCAGCAGCAGGGCAAUUGGGUUUUCUUGAGGACAUUAAACAGUGUGUGUGUGUGUAGGGGGGGGGGGGGACUGUUUAUCUUUGCUUUACCCAGAUCUAACAGGAAAAAAAGCCCCUUUCUGCGGCCCAGUUUCUCAGCACAGAGUGAACACUAAACCAUAUUGUACAGCUUCAAAGCCUUUAUAACCUAUGGUUUGUCAAACAGUGGCGGUAUAUGAUUAGUUGUGAAAGCUCUAUUGUAAAGUUAAUGUAAAGCUCUAUGUUCGUUAAGUUGCUACGGGAAAGGCCUCCAGUCACCUCCAUGUGGAGUACACUAACUAACAGCUGUAAAUACCGUUUCCUUUGUGUGUGUAUGUGUGUGUACACAUCCAAAAAUGACAAUGCAGUGGUUUUACCUGUCACCUCUCUCUGUUUUACUGUAAAGAGGAAAAAUGGAAAGAAGAAAAAGAAGAAAAAGAUUAAUAUCUUCAAAAGCAAUAAACAUUAUUCUGGAUAGUG